CUAGUUGCCAACCACAACAAAAAGCUAACCCAGAUAUUUUAAAAACAACAUUUUUGAAGAUGUGUGGAACGGUUAUAUGUCUCUCAAGUAGGGUUGCCAGGGUCCAGGUGAUGGCUGGAGGUCUCCCACAAUUCUAACUGAUCUCCAUGCCACAGAGAUUAGUUCCCCUGGAGAAAAUGGUUGCUCUGGCGGGAUGACUCUAUGGCAUUAUACUCUGCUGAGAUCUCUCCCAUUCCCAAACCUCACCAUCUCCAGUGUCUACCUAGAAAUUUAGUGUCUCCAGAAAUUUCCCAGUUUGGAGCUGGCAACCCUAAUCUCUCAAGUAGGUACUAGAAAAUUCAUAAAUACGAUCAAGAAGCUGUUGGAUCCCAGUGAAGCCAUUUUCAAGGUACUCCAGCCUCCAAUUUCUCUGACUUCAAGUGCACUAAAGCAGGAGUGGAAAAUUUGAGUCCAGUAGCACCUUAAAGAACGAGAUUUCCAGGGUAUGAGCUUUGGUGAGUCAAUGCUUCCUUCAUUGGAUACAAGGAAGGAGUGUUUAUAUAUAUAUGAACUGUCAGCAAUGCCCUUCAAUUCUCUGUACUGGAGAAACAGGUCAGUCCCUUCACAAAAGAAUAAAUGGACAUAAAUUCUAAUAUAAAAAAAUCACAACAUUCAGAAACCAGUGGGAAAACAUUUUAAUCUGCCAGGACAUUCCAUCACUGACCUAAGAAUAGCAGUUCUCAAGCAGAGAAGCUUCAAAGGAAAAUUACAAGGCAAGAUUGCUGAAGCUGAGUUUAUUUGCAAAUUCAGAACAAUGGGCACCCCAGGGUUGAAUCAGGACACUGGAUUUUUCUCACACUACAGAUGCUAAUUUUCUGCACUUCAUAUCCAUGCUUUAUCAAGCUAAUUACAACAUGUGUUAUAGCUAGUUUCCUGACACUUAAUUUGCUAUACUCUUCCCAUCCUCUGCCUGAAUAAUAAAGAUUUUUUCUACUUGUAUCUGACGAAGGGAUCUUUGGCCCAAAAGCAAAUACCCUGGAAAUCUAGUUGGUCUUUAAGGUGCUACUGGACCCAAAUCUUGCUCUUCUAUUGCAGACCGAACACAGCUACGCGCCUGAAACUAAAAUAGGAGUGUUAUAUUAUGCCUUUUCACAGCAUGCCUGUCUGCCCUGCCCCUAACAACUGGAAUGGGGCAGAGGUUUGUAAAGCUGGCAAAAUCUCCCGCAUUACAACUGGGGAGAGGGAUUGGUCAGGCACAGGAGCAGCCAAGCUAAGAGAGGAGAGGCUUGAAUCUGUAAGCCUUCUAAAAACACUUGAUAAUUGGAAAAAAGAGAGAGUGGUUGCCUAGCAAUGGGACACUUGGAGGAUGGCAGUUGGAAGCCCUGUGGGGAAGGAGUGAAGGAUCAAGAGAGAGAGAGAGAGAGAGAGAGAUCCAAGAAGAGAGAGCCUGGAGAGUAGGAAUGAAAAGGGUGAACCCUAAGAGACAGAGGGAAAGUGGCUGAAGUGUUUUCUUCUGCGGUGGAUAAUUUUAAAGAAGUUCCAGAAAGGACAGUCUGUAGUGCAGUGAGAAGGGCAAUUGGCACAAGAGUGGCCAUCUUCUGGUAUGGACUUUUGACCCAGAGUGUUUAUGGGACUUCUGCUGCUAUAAGGAAAGGUUGUUUCUCAGAGUCUGUGAAGAACAGCCAGUUUGCCAAACAUCCAGAUCUUACAGGAGUUCACAAGAUGGCUUUGAACAAGAGGCUUCUCUUUUUGUAUUUGGAGUGACCAUAUUUUGCUCAAUAUUUAAAGAGGAAUUACAGGUUUGUCCAUGAAUAAUUUAAAUGACCCUCCUAAUUGGAACAUCCACCCUAAUGCCAGGGACGAUGGAGGCCAUGGAAGCAAAUGGAAUUAUGCUCUGUUGGUGCCAAUGCUGGGACUGGCUGCCUUCCGUUGGAUCUGGUCCAGAGAGUCUCAGAAAGAGAUAGAAAAAGAGAAAAAAAAUUUCUAUCGAAAACUGUCAGCAAUACAAAGAGAGCUCGAAUCUAAAUAUCGUGACACAAUCACUGAAAAUCGCCGUUCAGUUGCCCAUUUGGAGCUGGAACUGGAAAAGGAACGAAACAGAACGUCAAGUUAUCGUGAAGCCCUCGUUUCCCAGAGCCGGAAACUGGUGGAAGAGAGAAGAACACUGGAACAAGAGCACGCCAGACUGGAACAAGAAAAAAAAAUUCUGCAGAGUUCCGGGGCUGCUGGUGUUUUGUACCAGAAUUGCCUAGAGAGAGAGGAGCAGUGGCAGAAGAGAGCGAGCGCAUUGCUAAAAGAGUUUCAAGAAAUCCUUGCAGAAAGGCAGGAGAUCUACUGCAGCCUCGUGCUGCCAAGAAACCGGCGGCUGGAAAUUGAGAAAAAUUUGCUCAUUAGAGCAGCGACUGAUCCGAUAGCUUUAGACUUGGAAAUGGAGACAGGCUUGAAAGAUAUUUUUAGGCAUGACACCUACUGCAGCCACUUGCUGAAUGCCAAUAAACGUCGGAAUGGAAGGUUGAUGUGGCUCUACCUCCAAUACUGGGAAUUGUCUGUGGAACUUAAAAAGUUCAGGAGGGUCGAGAAGGCCUUGUUGGGAAAUUAGUGGCUGAAACCAGUGGCCAUCCACAUCAGUAUCAAGCAUAAGUGAGUUUCUGUGAUAAACAUAUCGAUUCUCUGUGCUUUUCCACCACAAUUUUUAGUCACCUGCUAAGAGUGUCCUAAGUGUUCACUUUCUCUUCCUUUGGCCACAAAGAACGCUGAUCAUGUAGUACUAUAAUGCAGUGCAUCAUUUAGGAGUUUCUGUCUUUAUUAGGCUGGGUUACAGGACUUAAAAGGAUAUGACUUAAAGCUCCAUUACCUGCAUGGCAACCCUCUUUCCUCUGAGAAGUCUUUCUGCUCUGCUUGGAAGCAGUUGCCCAGUUUAGUCUGUCUAUUUGAGGCUGAGAACCUCUGUACCAGUGCUUGUAACAACUGGGUUGUAACGCCAUUUGUGAUCUGGACUGGGCAAAAAUGUUGCUUUGCAGAGAUAAUGUAUUAAAAAAAAUAGAUAUGACAAUAGGUGAAAAAAUGGUUUGUGAAGCUUGUGAAAACCCUGUAAGACCUCCAAGGGUUGUAAAACUUCAUCAACUCACUGGUCACGUUUCCUGGAAAUAAAAACCUUUCAUCUUUUCUAUUUAUCUCUUACCACCCCGUGUUCUUUUAUUCUCACUAUCAUGUCAGGGCAAUGAUGUAAUAUAAAUACAGCCUUGGGUGAGAUGCAAGUCAACAGGAAAAAUAUUUAUUUAAUAAAAGCCACCGAUCGAAUUUAUAAACACCCCCUCUCCCUCUUUAAAGGAGAAUCGGCGUCCCUUUUGUAAUAAGACAGCCAAAUCGCUGUACUUCCUCCCCUUACUGCCCUGUGGAGGGAGACAUCCCGGUUGGCCUUGCAGCUUCACCACGAAGACCUUCCACCCUUAGAGUCCUUGUGCCCCGUGGAGUGGAGCUUCCCUCGUGACCUCACGAGGCAUUCUGCCCAUCUCUUCAGGUUCAGUUCCAUUUCUAGCCCCUUCCUGGGUUAUCUGAGCUCCUCCUCCUGCCUUUUCACUGAGGAGGAAUUCUCCUUGCCUUUCGUUUCUCGUCCAUGCAGUUCUCUGAAGCGGUUGGCUUAUACUCGUUUCUUCUGCUGAUUUUCUGCCUUCAAGCUGCCUGCCUGCAAUUGUUGUUUUGUAUAAAUGUUUUGUAUAAACAAGCAAAAGAAAGAUUUUGCACCACACUCUGAAAUUAUGUUUUAAACUAUUUUCCUUUUUGAUAGUGCGAGUUUGUUUCUCCACAAAGCUAAAAGUCAAACAUGAUCAGAUUUUCAUUUGAACUAAGGGCUCAGCAGGGCACAUCUGAGGAAAAUGUGAAGCAGUAAUGAAACAGCACCCCUGAGCAUGCGCAGAGCGCUUCUUAUCACUGAGUGGCCACCGCACAUUCUCAUUGUAUAAAGGGUCACCUGUCUGGAACUCCUCCAGGUUGCCAGGUAGAGCAGCUUUUAUAAAUGAGGAGGAAGACAGUUUUCUUUCUUUUAGACUCUGGGUAAGUCCCAGCUGACUGAUGCAGGUGUUUGUUGGCAGGUGGGCUACUAAAAAUUAUACGACGUGCUUACAAGCCUGAGGGGGAAGUAAUACUUUUUCACUUCACGUCUAAGUGAAGUUUUCUCCUUUACUAUGAAUGUGUGUGUUCCCUGUUCAAACUGUUUUCAUUGAAACAAAUAUUCAGACGACCACACAUGCCAAAAAAGAAGCCAGUAAGUAACUAAGUUUAGAGACAGGACAGUUUAUAUAUACCUAGAGAAAAUUAUCUAGAUUAGAUUUGAAAAAAGCCUGCUGGUACUGCCACAGAUUGUACUUUGAUGUGCACAAAGAACUUUCUGAUAUUUUCAUAUUGGGAGCAUUUUUGGAAACACAUUCUAGUGUCAAAUUUUGGUUUAUCUGAGUUUUUGUUUAAAACAUACACAUUAACAGAUAUAGGUGUGAUAUAUGGUAUUGGUACAUCAGCUGCACUCAAACAUUUUCAACAGCAGUCAGAGGUGGAUGCAGACACAUUGAGUGAAACAUUGAGGGACAUUAAAGGUAUGCAUAUUUUCCCUUUAGUACUCAAAAAUGUGAUUAUUGUCCUUCUAAAGUCUCUUAAGAUUCAGAUUUUACCAAAGAAUUUAAAAGAAAUUAAAUUGUGCUCAUUCAGAACAAUUGACUUAUGUUAUAACAAGCUACAGGUAGUCACCCUCUUUCUAGUGACAGGAUCCAAAAUUACGUAAGUGUUCUAAGCCCUUGGCAAGUAAAGCAUGAAUGUGUUUGAUUUGACAUUCUGUUAUUAUUUGGAAAACGUUUACACUACAUGUACAAAGUAAAAAUAAACGCAAUAUAACCAUAAA